AUGAACACACCAUACACCCUCCGCUUCAUCUCCAGCCGGAACAGCACCUACAACGGCGAACACGACCUCGUCCUCCCGGCACACAAGCUCGAGCAGCUGCACGACGCCGUCGACGAGCUCAACACCGCGCAGUUGGAGCAUAAAGUGGAGAUGUACUUUGCACUCCCGAUGGACGCGGACGCGGUGUGUGGCAUGCUCGCUGAGCUCGCGAGCCUCCGCAAGAUCGCGGCGUACGAUAAAUCGUUCGGGUUCAUGCUCUCUGAGAAGAAUAUCGCGUGUCUCGUUCUGGAGCGGUGGGAUGAUGUGCCGUGUGAGCGCUCAGCGGCGUAUUAUGAUCUCUUCCGUCCGCAAUUCCGCACGUUUUUACAGAAGCUGGAUGUCAUCUACGAAUCCGUUUUAGGAGACACGCAAGACAUUAAACAGACGGUCAAUAUCAACGACUCCAUGGAUGACCUGUCCCAAUCCUUUAAAGGCCUUUCACAUCAUGAGAUCUAG